AUGGCAAGGGCUCGUAAGCUUCUGGCUUGUGGCGAGAAGCCAGCUCCGGUCACGUCGGAAGCCUCGACGAGGUCCUCCAUGUCCUCCAUAUCGAGCACUUUUCUCGAGGCACAGUCUCGCUUGGGACGAAGCGUCUACCAGAGAGUGCCAUUGCUGUCCUGGAUCCGCGAAAUGUCUUGCAAGAGCGUGCGCGCGGAUAUGAUUGCGGGUCUAACGGUUGGUGUCAUGGUCAUCCCACAAAGUAUGUCUUAUGCAGGCAUUGCAGGACUUCCAUACAUCUAUGGGAUGUACGCGGCGUGUGUGCCUGCGUUGGUCUAUGCAGUCUUUGGCCAGUCGAGGCAACUUGCAGUCGGGCCGGUGGCCAUGGUGUCUCUUCUGAUCAAUGCUGGUCUCAUGGGACAGAUGCAAAGUGGCCCAUGUCCAGGAUGGGAUCCUCACGCUGGCAGUACGGGCCAGCCUUCUGCCGAGGAUGAGUUCUGCAGGAAUGAGUACGUAAAGCUGGCCAUUUUCACGUCGGCCGUCAUGGGGUUGAUGCAGAUCGCGGCGAUGAUUUUGAGGAUGGGCUUCCUUGUAACUUUCCUGGGUCAUCCCGUAACGAGCGGCUUUACCAGCGGUGCGGCCAUCAUCAUCGGAUUGAGCCAGGUGAAGUACAUGCUGGGGAUACACUUGGACAAGUCCCAAUACGUCUACGUGACCUUGAUUGACCUUGCCAAAAAGAUCGGACACACGAAGUGGAUGACGCUGCUUCUAGGAGUGAUUUCCUUGAACUUCCUCCUCCUCGCAAAGGAGGUCUCCAAGAGAAAGCCAAGGUUCUCGCUUCUCGGACCAUUGGCCCCCUUAAUCUGCUGUGCGGCUGGAACUCUGCUGCUAUGGCUUUGCGAGCCGCUGCGGGAGCAAUUUGGGGUGAGCUAUGUUGGCCAAGACGGGCCAAUUCCUUCCGGCAUAUUCCCCCUCAGCCUCGAUGCCUGGGACCUGUCCAAUUUUUCCAAGGUGCUUCCUACAGCACUCUCGUGUUGCCUCAUUGGCUACAUGGAGUCUAUUGCAAUUGGCAAGAAUUUGGCUGCCAAGCACGGCUACGAGCUCGAAGCCGGGCAGGAGCUUCUCGCCUUGGGGUUGUCCAACCUGGUGGGGGCCGUGUUUUCCUCUUAUCCUGUGACGGGUAGUUUUUCGCGGUCUGCUGUGAACAACGCGACUGGCGCUGUGUCGCAAUUCGCUGGCCUUAUCACAGCCCUGGUCAUGCUGUGCACGCUUCUUUUCCUCACGCGGCUGUUCACCUACUUGCCUGACUUCGUCUUGGCUGCAAUCGUGAUUAGCUCUGUGGCACCUCUCGUGGCAUACAAGGAAGUCAUCAAGUUGUGGCGCAUCAAGAAGCAGGACUGCUUCUUGUGGGUGGCAGCUUUCCUAGGAACCUUGUUCCUUGGAGUCCUUCAGGGCAUUGCUCUGGCUGUCGGCCUCUCACUGUCCAUCGUCAUUUACGAAUCGGUAAGGCCGCAGAUUACAAUUCUUUGGAGGCUUCCCGGAACAACCAUCUACCGCAAUGUGAAGCAGGAGAGCAGCGGCUCCUUUGUACCGAACGUGUUUAUUGCUCGCAUUGGGAGCAGCAUAUACUUCGCCAACGCUUCCUUCAUCAAGGACUGGUUGCAGGAGCGCAUCUCUUCCCUUGAGCACAUCAACCGGACGGAGUACAUCGUCCUGGAAAUGACCGCUGUUGUUAGCGUGGACUCUACUGCUCUCAAUGUUCUCGAGGAUGUUGUCAAUGACUUCCGCGGUCGUGGCAUCCAGAUUGCCCUUGCAAUGGUUGGCAACCGCCUAGACAGGACUUUCCGGAAAAGUGGGCUGACCAACUCAGUCGGCGAGAAAUGGUUCUUCCCAAGUGUGCACGACGCUGUGGUGGGCUGCCUCCGCCAUCAGAAGGCAAAGAGGAGACAUGUGUCAACUGUCCGUGGCUUGGCUUCCGUCAUGCCAAGCAACCUGGCAGUGCUGGGUCCUGGCGGUACGAUCACUGAUGAUGGCACAUCUGAAGCCAGCGGGGCUGGAGCCACCGGUGGUGAGACAGACCUCCAGUCAGCGACAGAUUUGGAGGUUGGCCUGCCCCUCUCCAAGAGUCAGGAGGACCUUCUGGACAUCGCGGAGAACCCAGUCCACAUGGGGAAUGAGAUAGGUUUUAGCAACGACGUUCAUCACUCGUGCACCGUGAUUUUCAUCAACAUGGUCGAGGACGUGCCAAUGAUCAUGUCGGAUAUAACCGCGAUCUUCCAGCGCCGUGGCCUGACAGUCUGCCGGGCCAAUAUCGAGGCCAUGGAUGAUGAUCGCAUAUCCGGAAAACUGGGCCGGGCACGUGGAGCCUCUCACGUCUAUCACAUUCGGAGCUUGCAGAGUCAGGGCAAGCUCCAGGAAACUGAGCUCCUGGGUCUCAAGAAAGACUUGCUGGAGCUUCUGCACUACCGCGUGCACUCCCCACGAUCGGUCGGGGCUUAG